UACAGCAUCCUAGGUGUAAAGCCGACAGCGACACAAGCUGAAAUUCGUUCCGCUUAUCUAGCUGGUGCACGCAAACAUCAUCCUGAUCGACACGCCGGAGCAGGAAGUCAAGAUGACGAACAUAUUCAAAGACUGAAUGAAGCCCAUGCGACCUUGACUGAUGCCCGCUUACGGGAAGCAUACGAUAGAGAUCUACAAAAUGGAAGGGCAAACAAAGCCACUCGAUCGAAUCAAAGUAGAAUAUCUGCAACUGUUGAUUUAGAUUCGAUGGAAACGGUUGAAGAGAGUGAAAUCUUGACAUUCUUUCAUCCUUGUAGAUGUGGUAAUGGAUUUUAUGUAGAUGAAAAUCAACUUCAACAAUCUUCUGCUCCUAUUAUUGGAUGUUCAGGUUGUAGUGAACAAAUCAAGAUUGUUGCUGAUCCUUCAUCA